GGCCAGCCCGCCAUUUUCCAGCCCAAACAGAAAUAAACAUACUCGACCAAUUUCAAGCAGGCGGGAGAUUAGUUUUAUUUAUAAAAUUAAAAGAAAAUAUGGCGGAGCCAAUGGAGAUUUCUUCUUCAUCAGAACAUCUCAAUCUUCAAUCUAUCCGCAGUCGAAUAAGUGAGCUCUCUGAGAUUCAUAGUAGCAAUAAAAAUGAAAUUGAGAGUGAAGCUCUCUCUUCGGAUUCGGAGAAGUUGCUCAAUGAUUUCCCUUCUCAUUUCGAGAGGAAACUGAAGCAAAUUAUGAAAGAGUAUUCUGAUGUGGGUUUCUUAGGCAUUGAAGAUUUAGAUAAAUACCUAGCAUACUUGAAAGAGGAGCUUAAUCAAGUGGAGGCUGAAAGUGCCAAGAUUUCUAAUGAAAUUGAGGAUCUAUCAAGAAAUCAAAUUGAAGAAUCAAAUAUUCUGGAAGGCAAUCUUGAAGGCUUGAAAUGUGCAUUGGAUUCUAUUGCAACUCAGGAGAUAGUUGAAGAGGAUCCAUGCUUUGACUCUUCUAUGAAUGAUGAUCAUCAAUCAACUCUGAUGGAUGCAAAUGAAGAGCAAAAGUUUGAGAUUUGGAACUAGAAACUCAGAUUGAGAAGAACAACUUAAUUUUGAAGUCUUUGCAGGAUCUUGAUUCUACAUUCAAAAGAUUAGAUGCCUUAGAACACAUUGAAGAUGCACUAACAGGCUUGAAAGUCAUUGGCUUU